GAACACAGUUUAAAGUGGUAAUUAAAGCACUUUCUCCAAAAGAAGCCACCAGAAUUUAUACCCCUCUCCCUUUGGAUAGAAAUGAUGGCACGUUUCUUAUGCGGUAUCGGAUGUAUGGGAGUGUCAGAAAAGGGUUAAAAAUUGAGAUACUUUAUGGUGAUCAGCAUGUAGCUCAAUCUCCUUAUAUUUUGAAAGGACCCGUUUAUCAUGAAUAUUGUGACUGUCCUGAAGAAGACCCUGAGACCUGGCAGAACGUGAUGUCUUGUCCAUCCCAAGAACCUCAGAUUACGAACGACUUCAUUUCUUUUCCCACCAUUGAUCUUCAGCGAAUGCUUGAGGAAAUCCCAGCCAAGUUCAGUCAAACAAGAGGUGCUAUCGUUCAUUACACUAUUCUCAAUAAUCGCAUCUACCGUCGCUCCCUAGGGAAGUACACAGACUUCAAAAUGUUCUCCGAUGAAAUGUUCCUGUCACUGGCAAGAAAGGUUCAUCUUCCUGAUGUGGAGUUUUAUCUUAACGUUGGGGAUUGGCCAGUUGAGUAUCGAAAAGCUAACAAUACACCUGGUCCUAUACCUAUCAUCUCAUGGUGUGGCUCUGUGGAUUCAAGAGAUAUAGUCCUUCCAACCUAUGAUGUAACCCACUCGACUCUCGAAACCCUGCGUGGAGUCACGAACGAUCUCCUUUCUAUUCAAGGACAUACAGGCCCCUUCUGGGAAAACAAAACUGAGCGAGCCUUAUUUAGAGGUCGAGACAGCCGAGAGGAACGUCUCCGUCUUGUCAUGUUAUCCAAGGAAUAUCCAGAACUACUAGAUGCUGGAAUAACAGGAUAUUUCUUCUUCAGAGAAAAAGAAAAAGAGCUGGGAAAGGUUCAGCUGAUGGGCUUCUUUGACUUCUUUAAGUACAAAUACCAAGUGAACGUAGAUGGGACUGUAGCAGCUUACAGGUUUCCAUACCUCUUGCUGGGUGACAGCCUAGUAUUGAAGCAAGAUUCUCGGUACUAUGAACACUUUUACAUUGGAUUAAAACCAUGGAAACAUUAUGUUCCAGUUAAGAGAAACUUGGAGGACUUGCUAGAGAAAAUAAAAUGGGCUAAGGAAAACGAUGAAGAAGCAAGAACAAUUGCUAAAGAAGGACAGUUAAUGGCAAGAGAAUUACUUCAGCCUCACAGGCUUUACUGCUACUAUUAUGAAGUGCUUGAGAAAUAUGCCAAACGCCAAGCCAGCAAACCUGAAAUACGGGAUGGAAUGGAGCUUGUGCCUCAGCCCGAUGACAGAGACUCGGUGUGCAGCUGCCACAGGAAAAAGCCUUUAAGGGAAGAUCUAUAACUGUACCGGAUGGAGAGAAUCACCCACUUGCAAUGCACAAAAUUCAACAGGAAUUAAGCUGUGAAGUCUAAGACACUUAGGCACUAGCAAACAUUCUUAGUUAUGUAUUCUAUUUACAUAUCCUUUUUCACACUGACUCUGAUGCAACAUGGGUUCCCACAAUUUUGACUCCAUGACUACCACUGGACAGAUACUGUAAUGGGGAGCGUCUAGGGCAUUUGUUUGAUGUACUGCACCAUCAGGAAGAGCCCAGUGCUGCUUGUGUUCCAGCUGGGACCUGGUUACCAAAGGUUUAUGAGGAACCAGUCAUCCACAAAAGUUCUUCCAUGAGUCAGUGCAAGUUAUUCUAAAGGAGCAUUUGCAACAUACUAAAACAGUGUUAUGAUUUCUUCAUAAAGUUUACCUCAGUGUUAGAUUAUUUCUUGUAUACAAAACAAUUUUCUUACCAGACAAUGAAUAUUUGAGAUUUACAGAUACCA